UCAAGAUCUUCGAAUCGCAAUCGCGUAUGAGCGUUGAUCGAUAUACUCGAAAGUUGAAUCCCGUUUUGAAAAAUCAACGUCGUGAUGGGUAGAUGUAAUUAUUACACCAGCGCAUCCCAGUGUAAAUGUAAAUCUACAAAUGCAGCCUAGAUUUUGUUUGAAAAGUUCAAAUGCAUGCACGAUUGCGUUUUUUCCCCAACCGAGCUGAAAAACAAUCAAGUGGUGGAUCAUUCUUUUGUAGACCACGGGGAUCUUGUUUUAUUUCACCGUUGCAUACGAGCCUCACUGGAAAAAAACAAAAAGUAAAACAUGAAGAUCACGACCCAGCAAAAAUGAUUUUUCCAAGCCAGCAUUUGUUUACCUUCUCGUACACCUGUAAACAGUGACCCAUGCCAAAGAACGCUACGACCAAUGAGAACAAAGCUCAAUCAUUUUCAUUGACCGAACUAUUUCGCGCAACAAUUUCUCGUUUCACCCUUCAGCAUCUCGUCUCAUCAAUUUUCAAUCAAAAAAAUUGCCUUUAGGGACAAAAGUGUUUUUUUGUUUGUCAAGACCACUACAGUGUGGAGUAAUUCACCUACUCUUUCUGUAGGCGACACAGACUAAUUUUAGGGCACUCGGAGAACAAAUUGUCAGUUUUUUUGUAUACAGAGCUACCACAACUUCUGCAGAAAGAACUUUUUUCAAGUUUUCCAUACUUUUUGCACCAAACGGUAUUGUUGUAGAUACGAACAAAUAACUCAAACGCCCGCAACAAAAUGGGGAAGUUCUUCGACCUUACUUCGAUGAAGCUCACCCGAGCGCAGGGUGCCCACGCUUUGGAGUUGUUGAAUCAGAACAUUAAGCUGCUCGCUUUGACGCCGCGUUCCAUCAAGCAGCUGGAACAACUGGCGAAGACACUGUUGAAAGCAGCCGAUGGGGAAUCUUCCGCCCCGGAUGCGGUCCUGGACAACUUUGACCUGACCAGUCUCCGCCUCUCGUCCGCGCAGUGCUUCAAAACCUGUCAACUGUUUCUGGACAACGCCGAUGUUCUGGAGUUAGACGUCGAUCAGGCCAGUGUGGUGGACGAAUUCUCGCAGGAGUUUGCCAACGCGGAAUCCGAAAUUGAAUCGCAGGAGGAAGAGGUAAUAAAAGUUGAUUUGUGUUGCAUAGGGUACAGUUGAAAUGGACUUUGUCAUGAUGCACAUUAGCACAAGACUUCCACCGCGCACCAUCAGAUAACAAUCGGCAAAUAUGAUUUGCUCUUUCUAGUGGAUGAAAAGAGAAAGACGUACUAUCACAAAUGAAAACGAAAUUCUCAGGAAGAAGUGUUUGAGCGGCACAUCGACGAUUUGCAAUGCGUGGUCUGCAACGACGACCGGAAGAAGCUGUGUCGCUUGUACUUGAUCGGCGAGUGCCCCUUCCAGGACCUCUGCCCGCUCCGCCACCCGCCGACGGAAGAACUGGACAAAGUCUACAGCUACUACGCUUCCCUCCCGUGCCGGAACGGGGAUCGCUGCAAACUGAAGAACUGCCUGUACCAGCACCCCGGCGGGCCGGUGAAGGGUAGCAUUCAAGACCAAUACAUUCGUCGCGUCGUCAAGGGCGGUCGCUCGACGAUUUGCUUCCGUUUUCUCACCGGCUGCUGUGACCAGACCGCGGAACAGUGCGACAAAGUGCACGCGAACGCGGACGAGGCCCUGAAGACGAUCCAGAAGUGCCGGGCGUCGACGUGUAAGAACGGCCCGGAGUGCCGGGUGGCGGGCUGUUUGUUCAACCACAGUGGUUAUCCGGUUUGGUACGUGCCGAAGUCGAAAGACUCCAUCUGGUGGGGGCGGGGCUGGGACGAGGAGUUGGAGAACGAGAAAAAGGAGAUCCAGUUUUACUACGAGGGGAAACUCCGCGAGGCCGCGGACUACUACGAGUCGAAGUUGCAAGAACUAGACGAUUGGCACGCGGCCAGACGCGUCCGGAUGGAGAACGACAUCAUGGCUUUGGAGCAGCAGAAUGCGGAAAAGGACCGGCAGGUCGCGGCCGCCGCCGCAGCGGCCAGUACAGCGGUCGUGCAGCAACAACCGACGAGUGGUUCUAACAUGGGACCUCCUGCGGGUUCGGGAACUAAGGUGGUGUACCACGUGGACAAAAACGGGCAGAAGUCUCAGGUGAUGUACAGCGGAAACACCUCUGCGCAGAAGGGCGGGAACCCGUAUGAACACCGGGACAUCGCCUCCGUCAACAAGAUUUCCCGCGAGGAGUGGGGCGACACCGGACGGGACGAUGACCGGGACAACUACAACCGAGGAGGGAACAACCGUGGUGGAGGUCGUGACGACCGCGGAAGCCGCAACGCGGGCCCACCGGCCGAGUACAACAACACGACCCGCGGAGGGUCGUCCGCAAAUCUGAAGCCGAAGGCCGGUGGGCCGCCGAAGGAGUUUUUGAAGCCGCAGCGCGGUGGCAACGACCGGGACCGCAGUCGGGACCGCAGCCGGGGCAGGGACGAUCGGGAUCGGGGGGACAGGAAUCCUCCGCGGGGCGGUGGAGGUGGGAACAACAAUAAACGUGGGGAUGACAACUACCGAGGGGGCCGGAAUGUAAAGUCAACCAUCGGAACACGGGAAAUUCCCUCAGCGGACGAAGUAUCAAAUGUAAAAAUGUCUGGGUCUGGAAGAAUGCGAACUUGUGAUGCGUGUUGCGGGUGAUACAAAAAUCUGUGUUGCAUGACUUGCAAAAGGUCCCCAUUUCUCGCCAUGCUCAGAGGGCAUUUCUCAUGCAUAAUGGGCAUCAGUAAGGGGCUGCAGAACCUGUGAUGCUAGGCCCUGCAUUCCAGACUUGGUGGAGCUUGGAAAAACUGCAUGACAAAUCUCGGAAUCUUCCAGACCCAGACAUUUUUACAUUUGAUACGAAGACAGCGAAGACGAAAUCGAGUUUGUCGAUCGGAUAUCACAUGCAAAAAUGUCUGGGUCUGGAAGAUUAGGACUUGUCAUGCUAAAUCUGAAUGAUGCAAAAAUCUGUGUCGCGUGAGUGCCAAAAGCUGUCCGCUUUUGACCAAGUUGAGGGGGAGUUUCUCAUGCAGGACAGGCAUGGUAGAGACCUCAAAGAAUCUGUCAUGCUGGGUCUCGCAUUCCAGACCUCAUGGGUCCUGGAAAACCUACAUCACAAAUCUUGCACUCUUCCAGACCCAGACAUUUUUACAUUUGAUAUCGGAAUCAAAAGAAGAGGAGGAACGAAAUGCAGUUUCAGUGA